CUUCGGCCGCUACAGCCGAGCGUAAACAAGGCGGCCGCUGAGAAGGCGAUGAGGAGACGGCCGGAGAAGAUGAGCCGGGCCGGGCGCCUCCGAGGCUGAGCCUCGCCGUCCUUCUUGCGCUCCCGCCGGCCAAGGACGCGCACACCAGGCCGCCAUGAACUUAGCCAGCCAGAGCGGCGAGGCCGGCUCCGGCCAACUGCUCUUCGCCAACUUCAACCAGGACAACACCUCCUUGGCUGUUGGCAGCGUGCUGGGCUACAAAUUCUUCUCCCUCUCUUCUGUGGAUAAACUGGAGCAGAUCUAUGAGUGCACUGACACAGAAGACGUGUGCAUUGUGGAACGGCUCUUUUCCAGCAGCCUGGUAGCCAUCGUGAGCCUCCGAGCGCCUCGCAAGCUGAAAGUCUGCCACUUCAAGAAAGGGACGGAGAUCUGCAACUACAGCUAUUCCAACACAAUCUUGGCCGUCAAGCUGAACAGGCAGAGAUUGAUCGUUUGCCUAGAAGAGUCUCUGUACAUACAUAAUAUACGGGAUAUGAAGGUGCUUCACACCAUCAGGGAGACGCCCCCCAAUCCUGCAGGCUUAUGUUCCCUGUCCAUAAACAACGAUAACUGUUACCUGGCCUAUCCAGGGAGCGCGACCAUCGGUGAAGUCCAAGUGUUUGACACUAUCAACCUGAGAGCUACCAACAUGAUCCCCGCCCACGAUAGUCCGUUGGCUGCCCUGGCUUUCGACGCAAGCGGUACGAAGCUAGCCACCGCCUCAGAAAAGGGUACGGUGAUCCGGGUAUUUUCCAUUCCAGAAGGGCAGAAGCUCUUUGAAUUCCGAAGGGGGAUGAAGAGGUGUGUCAGCAUCUCUUCAUUGGCCUUUAGCAUGGAUGGCAUGUUUCUGUCGGCUUCCAGUAACACAGAGACGGUGCACAUUUUCAAAUUGGAGACUGUGAAAGAGAAACCUCAGGAGGAGCCCACCACCUGGACGGGCUACUUUGUGGAGACCAUUCGGACGUUCCCAAACUACCUGCCUGCCCAGGUGACCGAAAUGUUCAACCAAGGCCGAGCCUUCGCAACGGUCCGGCUCCCCUUCUGUGGGCACAGAAACAUCUGCGCCUUGGCCACAAUUCAGAAAAUCCCCCGAUUGUUGGUAGCGGCUGCUGAUGGGUAUCUCUACAUGUACAAUUUGGACCCCCAGGAAGGGGGUGAAUGCACACUGAUGAAACAGCACAAAUUGGAUGGCAGCAUGGAGCCAGCCAAUGAAAUCCUAGAAUCUGCCUCCCAUGACAGGCCACUAGUAGCACAGACUUACAGUGCCGCUGUGACUAGGGGUGCUGCUUAUAUGCCUUCUUCACCCACAAGACAUGUCUACAACGAAGAUCUGGGGGCCGUGGGGGGCGUUUGCCUGGAGGACGACAUCAGCUCUCUGCGGCUAGACGAGGAUGGCGAGCAUCCUCCCAUGAUCCUUCGGACUGAUUGAACUUCGACCUGUGAAUUCCACUCCCAAAGCUGAGAACGUCAGUCUGACGCUUCUGGAGGACUUGUGUCCACGCUGCUGCGGACUUUGGCCUGAACCAAGAGCGUGAUCCUUGAAGGAGACAGACUUCCCUCUGAAAUAGUUUCGAAGCGAAACAUGCACACACACAGACACACACGCCCCCACCGUAGCUUUGUAGUGCCGAUUUCCUUUCCAUCCCAGGUGGAAACGCACACCUGGAUUUCACCUGGGUGGCGCCCCGCUUUUUUAGCCGUCAGGAAAUAACCCGUAUAUUUUUGUUGUUGCCAAAAAAAAACCACCCCCGCUAUUUAUUCAGCACCUUUGAGCUUUGCAUGCCUCCUUGUGCCAAGUGAACGUAGGCGAGCCAAUAGAUUUUAUAACAGGUUUUUUUUAUUAUUAUUAUGAUUUCUAAAGAAAGCAAGUUUGUGAACUUCACACUGGGCAUUGGCGAGGGGAAGGAAGAGCAGCAUUGUCGAGCUCAAGACGCGUUAGCUUCUUCUGCCUGGACAAGAAAAAUAAUUAUUAUUAUUUUUAAACAACAACGUUUUGUUUUCCGCACGGCUUAACAGGCGUGCCUGGUGAAUUUGACUCACUACUUUUACUGAAGAUCAAGCGGUUCCCUUCCGAAUCUUUCCCGCCUCUCCUCCGUGAUCCAUUUCCUCCAGCCUCUUCUCUGAUUUGUAUCAUUUUGCUUUUUCUCCCCCGGCUCCUCAGACCAUUUUGAUAAUUAAAACUCCUCCUGAUUCUGCCUCGUU